AUGUUGCUGGAGUUCGUGGCGCUUAUUGCUCUUAUUCAUUCCACAUUUGGACUAGACAGAGGCCAGGCCACCGCUCCACCUAGAGCAGGAGUGGUACAAGCUAGACCAGGCAAACGGCCACUCUCGGGAUUUCCACUAAAUAGGCCGCUACCGCAGCCGCGAACGAUGCCACGUGGACCAGGUGGACCGGGAAUGGAAAUGAUGCGUACUAGGAAUGUUUUCGAAAGGACGAAGAAGAACUGGAAGAAGCGCACACAGUCCUAA